AUGGCCGAAGUCGGCGAGGACAGCGGCGCCCGCGCCCUGCUGGCGCUGCGCUCGGCCCCCUGCAGCCCCGUGCUGUGCGCCGCCGCCGCCGCCGCCGCCACCGCCUUCCCGGCCGCCGGCUCCCCGCCGCCGCCGCCCGCGCAGCCUCCGCCCGGACCCGCCGCGCUGCCUCCGGUGCCCGGCCCCGGCUCCGGCCCGGUCCCCUCCACCACCUCCACGGCCGCCUCCGCCGCCGCCGCCGCCGCCGCCUCCACGCCCGCUGCACCCGCGCUGGUGGCCGCGGCCGCCGCCUCCGUGCGCCAGAGUCCCGGGCCGGCUCUGGCGCGUCUGGAAGGUCGUGAGUUCGAGUUCCUGAUGCGCCAGCCCAGCGUCACCAUCGGCCGCAACUCGUCUCAGGGCUCCGUGGACCUGAGCAUGGGCCUGUCGAGCUUCAUCUCGCGGCGCCACCUGCAGCUCAGCUUCCAGGAGCCGUUCUUCUACCUGCGCUGCCUGGGCAAGAACGGCGUCUUCGUGGACGGAGCCUUCCAGAGGCGGGGCGCGCCCGCCCUGCAGCUCCCCCAGCAAUGCACCUUCCGGUUCCCCAGCACAGCCAUAAAGAUCCAGUUCACGUCCCUGUACCACAAGGAGGAAGCUCCGGCCUCUCCUCUCCGGCCACUCUAUCCUCAGAUCUCCCCGCUGAAGAUCCACAUUCCGGAGCCAGAUCUCCGGAGCCUGGUCAGCCCCAUCCCCUCCCCCACUGGCACCAUCAGCGUCCCCAACUCCUGCCCAGCCAGUCCCCGUGGAGCUGGGUCUUCGGGUUACCGAUUGGUCCAGAACGUGACAUCGGACCUGCAGCUGGCCGCGGAGUUUGCAGCGAAGGCCGCCUCUGAACAGCAGGCAGACACGUCUGGCGGGGACAGCCCCAAGGACGAGUCAAAGCCGCCAUACUCCUACGCGCAGCUGAUCGUGCAGGCCAUCUCCUCGGCCCAGGACAGGCAGCUCACGCUAAGUGGCAUCUACGCCCACAUCACCAAGCAUUACCCUUACUACAGGACUGCUGACAAGGGCUGGCAGAACUCUAUCCGACACAACCUCUCUCUGAACCGUUACUUUAUCAAAGUCCCCCGGUCCCAGGAGGAACCUGGGAAAGGCUCUUUCUGGAGAAUAGACCCCGCCUCCGAAGCCAAGCUCGUGGAGCAGGCCUUCCGGAAACGGAGGCAAAGGGGUGUCUCCUGCUUCCGCACCCCCUUCGGGCCUCUGUCCUCACGGAGUGCUCCAGCUUCACCCACCCACCCUGGGCUGAUGUCCCCUCGUUCCAGUGGCCUACAGACGCCAGAGUGCCUGUCUCGGGAGGGCUCCCCCAUUCCACAUGACCCCGACUUGGGGUCAAAGUUAGCCUCUGUUCCAGAGUACCGAUAUUCCCAGAGCGCCCCUGGCUCCCCUGUCAGUGCCCAGCCGGUGAUCAUGGCUGUGCCUCCCCGGCCUUCCAAUUUAGUGGCCAAGCCUGUCGCCUACAUGCCGGCCUCCAUAGUAACCUCACAGCAGCCCUCGGGCCACGCAAUCCACGUGGUGCAGCAAGCCCCCACUGUCACCAUGGUGAGGGUGGUCACCACCUCUGCCAACUCCGCCAACGGGUACAUCCUUGCCAGCCAGGGCUCUGCUGCCAGCUCCCACGAUGCAGGAGGCACAGCUGUGCUGGAUCUGGGCAGCGAUGCAAGAGGUUUGGAAGAAAAGCCCACUAUUGCAUUUGCCACGAUCCCCGCAGCCAGCCGAGUCAUCCAGACGGUAGCCAGCCAGAUGGCCCCAGGGGUCCCUGGACAUACAGUCACCAUCUUACAGCCUGCCACACCAGUGUCCAUCGGGCAACACCAUCUUCCGGUCCGGGCCGUCACUCAGAAUGGAAAGCAUGCUGUACCCACAAAUAGCUUAACUGGCAACGCUUACGCCCUCACCAGCCCCCUGCAGCUUCUGGCGGCCCAGGCAAGUUCAUCCACGCCGGUGGUCGUCACGCGCGUGUGUGAGGUGGGGCCCGAGGAGUCAACCGCAGCGAUCUCAGUGGCAGCCAGCUCCACGCCCAGCCCAGCCACCUCCUCCUGCACCACCACCGCCGCCUCCGCCUCUUCCACUGGGGAGCCUGAAGUCAAGAGGUCCCGGGUAGAGGAGCCCAGUGGGACGGGGACCACACAGGCCACACCAAUGGCAGCCACUGGCCCCCAGGGCCCGGGCACAGGGGAGUGAAUUCACGCGUAGGAAGGUGGAAUGGGACUCGUGCCACCAGGGGCCCAGGCAGCCAGCAGCCGCACUGCACUUGCGGACCCAGUCAAGAAGCUCGCCGCCGCCUGCAACACGCGCGCCUUGCGAGUGGCCGCCACAUGUGGACACUUUCCAUUUUUAUCUCCUGUCCUCCCGUGGUUUGAAACAAAACACAUAAACACGUUCAGACAACUUGAUUGUAUGAUUCUGGGGAUUCUGUGUGUUUAUUUCCCCCUCUGUCACACCAUCGCCCCUCCUUGGCCCUUAGGACGAGGGCAUCGGGAGAAAGUGUAGCCCAGCACCUCAGGAACCCAUCCCCACCAGGCCCCACGAGGACGAGUCCACGCCCCAGCACUGGGCAGAAGCGCAGCAGUGUGGAGCCGUGACACUUCCCACCGGAGCCAGGACUGGGGACAGCUUCCUGUUUGUAACUGAUCGGAAGUGGUCAGGUGCAAGGCAGAAACUUCCAGGAGGCAGGCUGGUGUUUGCAGGGUUUUGUCCUCAGAAUGACAUGUCAGGUCUUGACAGUGACUGGGAUCAGGGAGAUCUAGUCUGGCUUUCGACCUCAAGUAUGUCUUGUCAUGUUUAAAAGUGGGAUUCAGGCUCAUCAGACGUCCAAGACAAACGCCAAAGGAGCCGUGUGUCUUUGGGGUUUCCUUCCGUAGACAUUUGGGCAGCCACAGGAUGGUCGCUCACCCGAGUUGGCCUCAAACCGACAUGCUGCUCUGCCUGGUAACUGCAAGAAGAAUCGGUGGCUCCUAUGGUGCAAAAGGCUUUGAGGGGAAGCUCAGCCUAGAGCCUCCACCCACGUGACCAGAGAACUCCGGGUGGCCCCAGGUGGAAGUCAGCUGCUUGGUUGGCAAGCAGGACAUUGCGGUGAGCGUGCCUCUUGAAGAAAGACGGGACAAGCCUUGUGUUCCCAGCCACUGGUACGUCCGUGGGAUGCCAUGCACUUGCACUGCCCCCUUUCACAUUCCAGUGUCCUGACCACCCUAAAAUCUGCCCAGUGUUUGAAAUUGGAACCGUUUCUUCAGCCCGAAGCCAUUUAAUGGAAAGGACACUACCUCCCCAGGCAGCAGUCGAUGGAUGGGCCGUGCCAGCUCCACCAGCUUUGAUUGCAAAAGUGGGAAGAAAAUGACAGUUUGCUCCAGUCACGACCUGAGUGUCCAGGGACAGCCCUUCACAUGCCCAGAGAAGCCUACCUGUGUCACUUGGACACUUGCCAAGUCACAGGAGCUAAGCCCCAGCCAUUGAAUGCUCAGCUUAGUUUGGGCAUGAGACGUGAGCCCUAGUGCCCACCGGAGACGGCUUUCCGGAAGCAGCCACACACGGCAGCCGGGUGCAGAUGGGCUUCAAGAUGGCCAGUCACUAGGUAUUGGGCCUCCUGGGGGUGGGCCACAGGAAACAACAGCACCUUGGACACAGAGUCCCAGGAGGGAUGGCCUGUCCUCCCACUGCCAGAAGCUUCCUCCGUGUGGUCCCCGUGGAGAAGCGCAGAGAUCUGGGGUCCUGGACAGUGUAUGAGGGGAGAGCGGCCAGUCUCGCAGCUUUUCCCUGGAGUGGACUCCAUUCAUUGGCCUGGAGGCUGCCUCCAGGCUCGUGAGCAGAGUUGACGGUCAGAUACGAUGAGCCCACACUCCAUUCUUCCACUGCCGUGUCCCCCAUCUGCAGUCACUAAAGUCCCUUGCACCAGGGACAAGGGCAGAGUGUCUGCCGGCCCUCUUGCGUUGUUUUCAAGCCCUGCAGCCGAUCAUUUCUAGAGCACUAUACUAGUAGAAAGUAA